UAAGGGAGAAAGAAGGAGAGAGUAAGGGAGAGAGAGGGAGAGAGAGUAAGGGAGAGAGAGAGAGAGGUGUAUCGGGUUGAGUGCGGCUACUUUUGGACCUCCAUGGAGAUGGAAAGACUGAACGGACACGGAGGACUCAAAGUGGACGGUGGGCUGGUGAAGCUCCUAAAAGCAGCGCUGGCGUUGACCGCGUGCGUCUGUCUGUCACUCCUUGUAGCCGUCCUCGUAGUUUCCCAGAGGAGCAAGGAGGAGUUCUGCCUGACCUCACAAUGCAUUGAAGCAGCGGGCUCGGUCCUCAGUAAGAUGGACCACCACGCUUCUCCCUGUGAUGACUUCUUCCAGUACGCCUGCGGAGGAUGGAUAAAGGACAACCCCAUUCCGGAAGAUUCCUCCAGUUAUGGCAUCUACCCAUGGCUGAGGCAGAAUGUGGACAUCAAACUAAAAGAGUUGCUGGAGCAGCCUAUGGAUGCGGGGGACAUCGAGGCAGUCCAGAAGGCUAAGGUGCUCUACCAGUCAUGCAUGAAUGAAGGCCUUUUGGAGCAGGAAGAUGCCACGCCCCUGCUGCAGGUUUUAAAGCAGCGGGAGUUCCGUUGGCCGGUUCUCGGGGACGCGUUAGGUUCCGACUGGCGAUGGGAGGAACCCCAGUUCGACCUGCUGAAGAUGCUGGCCCAGAUCCGCACUCAGCACAGCAAGUCGGUCCUCGUCCGGUUCUACGUCUCCCCAGAUGACAAGAGUUCCAACAAGUACAUCAUCAAGCUUGACCAGGCGUCCCUCACCUUGCCGUCCAGAGAGGAUUACAUCACCAACACCACAGAGGCUACUAGGUAUCGGGAGUCCUUGCUGAGCCUGAUGGUGGAUAUCGCUGUCAUGCUUGGUGCCAAACAGCAGGCCGCAGAGACUCAGAUGAAAGCCGUGCUUGACUUUGAGAUUAAGGUUGCCCAGAUUAUGAUCCCCUUUGAGAACCGCACCAGUGAGAACAUGUACAACAGAUACAGCCUGUCGCGUUGGCAACGCACGGUUCCAGAGUUUAGUUGGCUGAAUUUCAUCAAAGCCUCCAUCGACACUAAGCAACACCCAGACCUGGUCAUUUCCUCAUCAGAGCCAGUUAUAGUGCGUGCGCCACAGUACUUCAAAGACCUCUUCAAGCUCCUCAACAGCACUGAGCCGAGGACCAUCGCCAACUAUGUCAUGUGGAGAGCGGUUCUCUCCAGGGUCUCUACCCUCAGCAGAAGGUUCCUCUACAGAUACCUGGACUUCGAGAGGGUGAUAUCGGGGACCACUUCACUUACCCCUCGCUGGGACAAGUGUGUGAACUAUGUGGAAAACACUCUCAUAUAUGCCACUGGACGAUUGUUUGUCGACAAGCACUUUCAAGAAGAUAAGAAGCAUAUGAUGGAGGAGCUCAUUGACGGGAUUCGCUGGGCCUUCAUCGACAUGCUGGAGAAAGAGAAUGAUUGGAUGGAUGAUGUCACCAAAAAGAAAGCCGUAGAAAAGGCCCAUGCAGUGCUGCCCAAGGUGGGCUACCCAGAGUUCAUCCUCAACGACACAUACAUCAACGAGGACAUCAAAGAGCUGUCGUUCUCGGAGAAGGACUACUUUGGGAAUGUGAUGCAGACGCUUCGCUUCAUCGCCCAAUCAGACAUCGGCUGGCUCAGGAAGCCUGUGCCUCGCACUGAAUGGUUCACAAAUCCCACCACAGUCAACGCCUUCUACAGCUCCUUCACCAAUCAGAUCAGGUUCCCAGCGGGGGAGCUGCAGAAGCCCUUCUUCUGGGGCAUGGACUACCCACGGUCGCUGAGUUAUGGAGCCAUCGGUGUCAUAGUGGGACAUGAGUUGACACACGGCUUCGAUAAUAAUGGUAGAAAAUAUGACAAAGAUGGGAACCUAGACCUGUGGUGGACCAAUGCCUCCAUCACCCGCUUCAAUGAGAAGACCCAGUGCAUGGUGGACCAGUACAACAACUAUCGCUGGAAAGAGGCCGGAUUAAAUAUUCGAGGCAAGAGGACUCUUGCAGAGAACAUCGCAGACAACGGUGGGAUCCGGGAGGCCUUCAGGGCAUACAGAAGGUGGAUAGCCAGAGAGAGAUCCGGUGCUGAAGAGCCUCUCCUACCAGGUGUGGGUUUGACCAACAACCAGCUCUUCUUCCUCAGUUAUGCCCAUGUGCGCUGCAAUGCCUACAGACCAGAGGCUGCUAGAGACCAGAUACAGAGUGGAGCUCACAGUCCUCCUGAGUUCAGGGUUGUAGGUGCGAUGAGCAACUUUGAGGAGUUUCGGAAGGCCUUCAACUGUCCAGAGACGUCCAUCAUGAACAGAGGAUCCCAGUCGUGUCGAGUGUGGUAACGAGGAAGGCUCGCUCUCUGGACAGCACGGGAGGCCUCUUGUUUGUGGUCCAAAAAAAUAAACAAAAACAAAAAACACAGCUAAUCAAAGAUAAAUAAACAAACUGGAACAGAAUUAUCUAGAUUCUAGAAUGGAAUAUUGAUAUUGUUAAGUAACACUGUGACUUGCACAGUCAUAGGCCUGGUGGUGAUGCAGUGAGUGUUGUCCAGGAAGUCAUAUAUGUUUGCAUACUGUGAGGGAUGUGUGCUUUGUCCAGUCUCUUCAGUACUGCUGCAUCACAGUGAAUGUGAUGAACCGCUACUGUUAGGAUUCUAGAACUGAUGCAAAUGUGAUGGUCUAAAAUUGACGACUCAUGCACUCAUGCACUGUAUCUGAUCAAAAGGAAUCGGAGGCUAGUUUGUUGUCUUUCUGAACUUUAUCCAUGUUUUCUUGUGUUUGAUUGUGAGCUAAUAUCAUGACUGAAGAAAUUAUUUUCACUGUAGAAGAUGUGAUGCAGUAUUGUAUUUGUGCUUGUUCUCUGUGUGCACACGCGUGUGUGUGUGUGUGUGUGUGUGUGCGCGCCUGUGUGCAUGCAUAUGUGUGUGUGUGCGCGUGUG